AUGACUUGUAAUGAUAAAUCUCGUCCAUCAUUAGAAUUAACAACGAUUGAUAUCAUUUCCAGUUCGCUACGAAAAAUUUCUUCUGUAACAUCAUCUCAUCAUCAAAUAAAUCACAAUAGAAACUCAAUCAAAAAUAGGGCAAUGGUUUAUAUCAAUUGCCGAAUAGAAAAUCGAAAAAACUUGCAUAAUCGUUUACGUGUAGUAAGUAAUGUGAUGUGUUUUCUUGGUGUUUUGGGUAUUGUUCUGAUGAUUAUCAGCAAUGAAAUUAAUUUUGCCAUUGGUAAUGAUGAAGAUAUUUUUGUAAGUUGGCUUAUUAAAUUAGUGAUUUCCAUGUCAACCAUAAUUUUACUUGGCCUCAUAUUUUACUAUCAUCAAUUAGAUUUAAAGCUCUAUUGUAUUACAAAUUUAUUUGAGCAUUGGUGUAUUGGAUUAACAGGCACAAGAAUAUUUUUUAUUACAAUUGAAUUAUUAGUCUGUGCUAUUCAUCCGAUUCCUCGUUAUUUGCAUUCUAAGUUGAGUUUAAACUCAACAAUCGCUCAUUCAUUAUCUAUUUCUUACACGUCUAUUAAUGUUGCACUUAGUCUAACAAUGUUCCUCCGGUUGUAUUUAGUAUGUCGUUUUAUGAAGUUUCAUUCAUAUUUAGCGCAUAAUGCUUCAUCACAAUCACUUAGCUAUCUUAGUCAAGUUUCCAUAGACUUUUUCUUUAUCAUAAAAACAUAUGUUGAACAAUGGCCAGCACGUUGUUUAAUUAUAUUUUGCACGAUUGUUGUUUUUGUUGGUAGUUGGUCUCUACGUGCAUGUGACUAUCUACCUACGGGUGAACAUGCAUCGAUGUUGGAUUCCAUAUGGCUAUUUAUGGCUACAUUUACUACUGUUGGAUAUGGAGAUGUCACACCGACAAGUUACUGUGGUCGAAGUGUUACUGUGAUCGGUGCGCUGGUUGGUACUUUUGCUACUGCACUUCUGAUUUCUGUUCUUGCUCAAACGUUUGUCUUAACUCGUUGGGAAAAAUAUGUUUACAGUUUCGUAUUAAAUACUGAAGUAGCUAAAAAACGAAAGAUUCAAGCAGCGAACGUUAUUAAAUUUGCUGUCAAAGUUUGGUAUUUAAGACGAAAAAACAAAGCACAAUCAUUUCGAUUUAUUAAAGCACAAUGGGUUUUAUUUCAAUCGAUUCAUGCUAUUCAAAAAUUAAAACGUGAACAACGAAAUUUAACCGAUAGUUUUUGUACUCUACCUGACUUAUUAAUUUUACAGCGCGAUUCAAAUAGAACAACGGAAAAACUCGUACAACACACGAAUAAAAUGAAAAUUAUCAUGGAUAAAAUCGAUGAAAAAUUCACUUCUAUGGAUCAGACGAUGAAUAAUAUACAGAGUACAAUCAAUAGUUUGUUGGAUAGAGUACACUGA